AUGACUCAUCAUUAUUAUGAACUUUAUCGUAGAAGCAGUAUUGGAAUUGCUUUGACAGAGUCACUUGAUGAUUUUAUUCAAACGGGUCAAAUUACUCCACAAUUAGCCAUGAAAGUAUUAUUACAAUUUGAUAAGAGUAUAACAGAGGCUCUUGAAACUAAAGUCAAAACUAAAGCAACAUUCAAGUAUGGACUUUUAUAA